ACCCAACGGAAUUCCCAUUGGGAAUAACAUUGGGAAAUCAAAAAAGGGAAGGGCAUUUUAUUGACAUUUAAUCUCAUUCGCCCACCCGUCGAAAUUGACAAAGUAUCGGUGAAGCACAACAAGUAUGAAGGACUUUCUAUUUCUCACUCUAAAAAUGUUCUUAGCUGGAUAUCGGAUCCUGUUAGUGUUAUCUGUUGGUGCAUCAGGGACAUCAAUUUGCCAACCAGGUCAGCAUUAUGAUGAUAGGACGGAAGCCUGUGAGAGUUGUAUUGAACUUUGUCGCUCAUUUCCUGAGAAAUGCAAGAGUGUCUGUCCAGAGUCAAACAAACCAGCAGAAACACACAAGUGCAGCCCCGACACCUUCUGGGAUCCUAGAGUGGCAAGCUGCCAGCCUUGUGAAGAAUAUUGCCCUGGUAAACACUGCAGUAAGAUAUGUCCAGAGUUUCACAAUUCAACCAAAGAACCAACUUGUAGCAAUGAGAAAUUCUUCGAUUCGGAAAAAAAGGUCUGCAUCAACUGUACUGAAAUUUGUCCAACAUCAUGGGAUAGAUGCGCCAAGCUAUGUCCAGGUUAUCAGGUUGAAGAAGAGGCAAUAACUCAUCGAGCAUUGAUUACAGCAUCAAGUGUGAUUUUCUCAAUAUUAGGACUUGUUCUAUUAAUGUUAUUUAUUUUACAUUGCUGUGGUUAUAUCAAUAUCAACAAAUGGUACAAAUGGUGCCGUUGUCAAGGGGGAAAGAAUAAUGACACAGAAGCCCCCAAAGAGGUACAAACUCCACAUGGGGAAGACUUCAAGUUAACUGAGGAAGUUUCCAACUACAUCUGAGAGAUUGAUUUAAUUUGUAAUCUCUAGUUUUGUAUAUCUGUCUCGACAACAGCAUUGUUAUUGAUUAUUUUAAUUCAUGAUCUGUGAUCAAUUCAAAUUUUGAAACUUUUGGUUCAGGUGAUUAGUAUUGAGUGUAGACAACGUUUUAUGCCGAAUUUGAUGUUUUUCAAAAAUAUGCAACUGACGGCAAAAAGUUGACUUGUACAGUUCAGGGUGUUAUUAAAACAUGGCCAUAUUGAAAGACCUUUAAUAUUUUUUGUAUAAAAGAAUAUAUUGAUAAAACGAUUUUUUGUGCCAAUAUUUUCCAAACAUUCCAUUUUGGUCUGAUUUUGUUGGCAUCCAUCAUCAUAAACAAACAAGGGCUUUCAUUAAGUGUGGCUAAUCCCACCGAAUGAGCAGUCUCCCACCCCAUCUCGCCACAGAAAAUUCAUUCCCAUCACAUGACUCAGUUUGCAGUUACAGUCCCAAAUGCAAAUCCAAGAUGGUCGCCUGGCAGCCAUACUGGUUUUAGGAUUCGGUCUAAAAUCGAUUGGGCACCUUUCAACCGCAUC